AUGGUAGUGUGUGGAAUGUCUCCUAUGUACAUGACCUUCGUCUUGCUGGCAUUCAGACGCAGACCUACUUUGGCUGAUGCUGCCUCAAAGCGUCAGGAGCGUCAGAGAUCAGCGCAGCGUCAUCAGCGUAUGCAAGUGCGGGGAUUUUCACGGCCGUCCGUCGUGCUGACAUACGUCUCCUCACAGUGUAAGCAUCUUCUAGGGUAUCGUGCUAAGAGUCGUCGAAUGCUUUCUGCAUUGAAUCGUCAGGUUAGCUCUCAGAAUAAAACAUCAGAAAGAGCUAAUGUGGACAAACUAUUUUCACGAGGCGUAGAUGAUGGAUUAACAAGUGAAGAUCACCAUGAGUUAAUGGAACUCAAACAACACAUUGCUCUCCGAGAUCAAAGUGUUGAUGAUCAUCAAACAGAAAUAAAUCAUCCUACAGAUGAGUCUUUAAGAAACGAGUCGUUGUCAUGCAGAAAAAUACUUAAUAUACCUGGCCAAUCUGCAAACCCUGCCAGCACAGAUCCAAGAGGAAACAUUAACUCAUCAGGAACACCCUCACCUGUUUUGUUAGAGAAUGAGGAAGAUUAUGUGGAAAGUAGUGGUUAUGGUCGACCAUUGACAGCUACAUGUAAUGCAACAAUUUCGCAUGUGUCAUCCUACCAAUACCGUAACCCUUGCGAUGCUGUGGAUAAUAUGCUUCUUCAAGCUUCUAAUCAUCGUGGUAACACUGAAAGAUUUGCACCCCACAGAAUGAAGUCUUCAAUCUUCAAAACACAUGAGACUGAUUUUGGGCAAAGGUCUUGUGAUGAAAAUACUUUAUGCUUAGAUGAGACAGAUGGACGAUUGCCAUUUAGUCGAGACAGUAUCCAGCCUACUGUGGAGUCAGCAUGUGAUAUCGGGGAUGUAUCUCUGGGAGAAUUGUGUGAACGAAAGCAAGAAAUUUUGUAUAAACUCAGUGGCUUUAGCAGUGGUAAAAGCAAGAAUCCAUGGGAGAGAAAUGAGUCGCUGCCAAAAACAGUCGCAUCACUUUGGACCAUACCUAAUGACUCAAUCACCAAACAGAAGUCAGAAGCCGCUCAAGAUGAUGCAAACAGCUACAACCCUUGGACUAGUCAAGCUCCAUUCUCCCUUAUUCGACCUGUAAAAGAGAUUAACACCAAUUAUACAAUGACAUACAGUAAGGCUACUGUUCGUCACAUGUCAGUUAUCGAUCACCUUGACUGUAACAUUAAAGGGAGGCCUAUGGGAACCCAUGAGUUGUCAGAGUUUAAGAAGAUGUCAAUGCAGGACCUAGAAAAUACUUUGCAAAAGGUAAAACAAGAGGAUAAGCAAGCAGGAAGCUGUCACUAUGAAAGAGGACAAAAAAUACAAUUGGAGAUGGAUCGCCGCGUCAAACAGCAACAUACUGCAUGGAAUCAUAUUCCUAAAGAUUCAAGAAAUGAAAUGAAAACCACAGAGAUACAGCUUGACUUUUCUCCAUACACAUCAGAUGCUGAGCAUUGUGAGAUGACUCGAUACUACCAGACGUUACCAAUAGGAGCAUUCUAUGAUUCAAACUUAUUUCAGCAAGGUCAUAACCCGAUGUCAAAGUCGUCUCGUACGCCCUUCAAAUCUACAGGUCCAGUUCAGGUGAGUGCUGGUCCAUCUCCAGAAACCAAUCCAGUUACACUAACCCAAGAGUGCCUGGUUGCCCCAUCAUUUCAGUCUUCCCCUAGUGAAGGGUACCACUUUCAUGGUCAACACUACACGGAGCAGCACACAACAGUUGCUACGGUGUCUCCACCAACUGGGAUUUUGAAGGCAAAAGGCAGUGACCAGUUUACUAAAUUAUUGAAGCCCAUGGUCUGAUUUGCUGAGAGGUGUAGGGACAUUUUUCAAGAUUGAUGCUCGGAUGUUUGGAAAAUUACACUGAUGUAGGGGUAUUUUUGCUUGGAGGGGAAAUAACUCGGCGGGCAUUAGGACUCCCCAUAUUAAAUUGAGCAAAGGAUUAAAGUUCUAGAGUCAAUGAAUAAAUUUUCCGAUACUAUAAAAAGCUGUAAGACUUCUGAGUAUUUUUCGUGUAUUUUUUUUUUUUUAAUAUUUAAAAAAAUAUUUAGCAUUUUAAUCUUUAUGCUAUGGGAUGGGGUAACUGGUAGAGAUCAGUGGGUGCGCCCUAUAAUCCUCAAAUGGUGUUGGCCAUCUUUUUUUUUACUUGAUGGGGUUUUAAACGUGUAAUUGUACAUAAUAACUGAUAAACUGACAAUCAGUGUGAUUGAGAUUUAUUUUUUUAAUCCAGUGAUACUUUUAUUAGGUGUUUGGGCAUGCAGGUAGACAAUGACCAGUAGAUGAUACAAAAGUUGUUACGUCACAAUGACGUCACAGUUGGUGAAAUAUACUUAUCCAAAGUUUAUUAUUUCAAAAAAUCAACAAGUAAAGAGGCUAUUCCAACAAUGUAUACAUCAUCAGAAAGGUCUUGCAAAGAGCUUCAAACGCUCUACAGACAUGACCCCACUUUGACCUUGUCUUUGGGUUCAAAUCGGACGUUGAAAAGUCAAAAAUUCAUAUCUAAAGAACUACGAAUCUCCCAUUGGUCGUGCAGCAUAGAGAUUUUUAAUGUACAUGUACAACACGUGUAGUGUCAUGCUUCAGUGCUCAUCCAAAGAGCGCCUUAGCUUCGUGUAUAGUCUGCAUUCAAGGCGUUUUCCAAACACAUUUACCUUUUCGAUUAGUUAGUCUCUUCUACAGUCGUCAGUAUUUCAAAAGUUAAUAUUUCCUCAACCAAAUGAGCUAUUUUGCAGUCUAUACAUCAUAUGAAAGGGCUUUACGUACUUCACAAAAAUGAUAUAUUGGUGACAUUUCUUCUCUUAGACCUUUUGACCUGUCUAAACCGGAAGUGCCUGUAAAAUGCCUUUAACAGGCGUUGUUUAAUGGCUUUUAGGUUGAAAUGUGCCCUUUGAUACUUUAACACAUCGAUAAAAAAUUUUCGUUUUUAUUUCUUUGCAUUUUGACGAGCUAUUAACAACACUCAUUUCACUGAUUAAAACACUGACCAAACGAUAGCCGAACACCUAGUGUUUGUUUCUAAAAACACUAACUUCUAGUUUAAAUUAUUUUUCUGUGCUAAACAGGUUACUUACAAAGAAAAUGGAAAUUAAAAAUGCUACAGUAUGGUGGAUUGCACCCCAGUAAGCAUGUGUUGUUUUUGUAGUUUGGGCAAUAAUUUGUGUGUGUGUGAAAAGCACAUUGUUGCACUUUUUUUCUUUUUCACAAGCGUUUAGAAAUUAUGAGAGUACAUUGCUGACUGGGGUGUCAAACUUCAAUCAAUGUACCUGAUGUAUGUAUUUGUGUACAGUAUGCUAGUGCAAGUACUACACUAGUAUCAGUUGCAUUAUAAACCAGCUGCUGAGUGACAGUGUAACUGGAAGUUUUUUGAGUACCCUAAUACUAUUUUGUUGAAAUGUCAAUCAUGGUCAUGUAGGGUUUGCAAUAACUGUGUUCAAUUUGGAUUUUAGGCAAAGUCAAAUUUGUUACCCUAUUCUUAAGUUGUCAUGUUGUACGUUAAUAUUUUUAAGUAUCAACCAACCUAUUCACAAAAUUUCUCUGCUGGCUACAUGUGUGAUUUCGCUCUUCCAAGCAUGAUACAACUCUAUGGCGACAUGAUGACAAUGAGUUACAUUAAAUCAAAGUUUACUAUUUGGAAAAAUUGUAACAACUCUGUGUUCGUUUUUAUUUUUUUAUUUUUUUAGGUGUUCAGUAAUAGCCCGAACAACUCUUUUUUAUUGUUCCAUUGUUUUAUAUUUGUUAUAGGUGUUCGGGAUUUUUAAUAGAGAUUUCACUAAAACUUUGCGAUGACAGUUCUCAUCGCAACAAUCUUGCGAUGACUCGUUAGUGGUCGCAAAAUUGAAAUUAAACAGAAGGCAGAUUGGCAAUAAACAUUGCACAUUGAAGUUAAAUUAAUUUAACUCAAAUAUGGUGUGGCAAUCAAACAAAAACAGCAGACAAGAAUUGUAAAUGUUAUAAUCAAGAAAAACAAGCGAAAGACCAAUAAAAAUCUGAGCAACAAUUGGAUAAAAGCAGACCAUUGAGUGUAUUUGUAUUUACAACAUUAAAAAUUGAGCAACAUGGCUAGAGGUGGUAAAAAUAUAAACAGAUAUUAUUAUUGCUUUAAAAUUGGGUUUUGUUCCAUAAAUUGGUCAUAUGUGACCUGCUCCUUCGUAAUGAGGAAUAUUGAGUAAAUUUCAUUUUUGAGUUUAUCAUAAUAAUCCCAACAAGCAAAUCUCAACAUUUUAAACAAAAUAAAAAUUAUGUUAAUACGACCUUCCUGUCAGAAAUAAUGUGGAAUUUUCGACGACCUUGAUGCUAAAUGUUAUGACCCGUUUUGAAAAACAUAAACGCCAGAAAUUUUUUUAAAAACGCGACGUCUCACACACUCUUUAAAAUAAUAUUUUUUUCAAAAUGAAAACAUUGGUUUUUUAACCCCCCAUAGUUGGACCAAAAAUAGGACAACAAUUUACGAACAACCCAAUGAUUAAUUUAAUUAUAAUGUGUAGACAAUUUCAAUUCCAAUUUCAACAAUAAAUUUGUGAUUUUUACCUGAAA